AUGGCGGAGUCCGAGGAGCCGAAAGCGACAGGAUCCUGCACUUUUCUGUUCAAGAAAUCCACCAAGAAAUUCUCCGGACGAAAGAGACAAGCGGAAAGCGAGAGCGAAAAAGACGACGACGACAGCGAUGAAGAGGAGAGUGCUGUGAUCAGAAGAAACAGAAAAGAAGGCAAAGCCAAUCCCAUGAUUCAAAAGUCAAAAAAAGUUGAGAAAAAGACUGUUUCCUCCAGUGACAGCGAGGAAGAGAAAGAAGGAAAAAUCACAGUCGCCUAUAAAUCUUCCCGAUCAGCUAAACCAGAAGGACCCAAUGACAUGGGAGCUACAGCCACAUACCAGCUGGACACUGAGAGGGACAACGAUGCACAAGCAAUUUUUGAGAGAAGCCAGAAAGUCCAAGAAGAGAUAGCCGGCAAAGAAGAUGAUAAAAUCUACCGUGGCAUUAACAAUUAUCAGAAAUUUAUUAAACCUAAAGACACAACCAUGGGCAAUGCCUCCUCUGGAAUGGUCAGAAAAGGGCCGAUUCGAGCUCCAGAACAUCUGAGAGCGACUGUGAGGUGGGAUUACCAGCCGGACAUCUGCAAGGACUACAAGGAGACCGGAUUCUGCGGUUUCGGAGACAGCUGUAAGUUUCUUCACGAUCGCUCGGACUACAAACACGGCUGGCAAAUCGAGAGGGAGCUGGAAGAAGGCAGUUAUGGGGCUAACGAGGAAAACUACGAGGUGAGCAGUGACGACGAAGAUAUACCGUUCAAAUGCUUCAUCUGCAGAGAGUCUUUCAAGAAACCCAUCGUCACAAAGUGCAAGCACUACUUUUGUGAAACGUGUGCCCUUCAGCAUUACCGCAAGUCCAAACGCUGCUAUGUGUGCAAUACUCAGACCAACGGCGUGUUUAAUCCAGCAAAAGAGUUGAUGGCGAAGAUGGAAAAACACAAUGCAGCUUUAGCUGACCAACCUCCUUCAGAAGAAGAGGAUUAG